GUGUGUGUGUGUGUGUGUGUGUGUGUGCGGAUGGAGGCGGCGGUGCUGGAGCGGCGGAUGAUGGCGGAUGCUCGCGCUGAGCUGCAGGUGCAGAAGCUGCAGGAGCUCGUGAGGAGACUGGAGCGGCAGAACGAGCAGCUGCGGAGCUCCCGCUGCAUCCCGCCAGAUCCGUUCCCGUAUUUCCAGCCGCAUUCCGCCGCCGAGGAUGAGGAUGAUGAUGAAGACGAGCUGACGCUGCUGGACCUGCAGAGCGCGAGCGGAGAGUCAGACGAGACCUGGCUCUACGAGUCUCCCAGCUCUCAUCUGCGGUCCGGCGCUGGUCUGGACGCUCUGCAGUGGACUCGACAUGUUCUGGAUCAGCUGGACACUGCACGACACUCGCUCGGCCAAAGACUGGAGUCCGGUCGCAGUGUGUCGGUGGACAGUGAUGUGAGCGCGUCUGAGCCGGACGCCGCCGCUGUUUCUCUGGGUUAUAAGCUGCAGGACCUCACGGAUGUCCAGGUGAUGGCCCGACUGCAGGAGGAAAGUUUGCGUCAGGACUACGCCUCCACCUCUUCCUCCUCCUCUGUGAGCCUCCGCAGCUCCAGCUUCUCCUUCCAGUUCGGCCAGCGCAGCGAUUCACACCUGGAUGAGGAGGAGGAGGAUGAUGAAGACUACGGUCAGUUACCGCCGCCGCAGCCGUGUCUGAGUCGAGCCGGACCUCUGCAGCGCAGCCUGCCGCAUUCACACACCUUCAGCAGCAUCAGGGACUGGACGCAGACGCAGACGCACUGCAGAGACACGCAGCCAGGCCUCAGCAGCAGCUCAGAUAAGCUGAGGAGGAGUAUGCCGAACCUGCUGGUGUGUGCGGCUCUGAGUCCAGCGCUGUCGUCAGGGUCCAUGAGGAACAGCCAGAGCUUCGACUCGUCCGGUGCUCUGACGCGUCUCCAGAGCUGCAUUCCUGCUCCGGCGCAGCUGCAGAGCCGUGUUCAGAGCGUGGGGAGCUUCUCGUCCCAUCAGCCGCUCAAAGCCACAGCGUAUGUCAGUCCCACCGUCAAGGGCUCGUCUCUCAUGAGCUCCUCGGUCAGUUUACAGAGUCUGUCGGUCAGCGGUGUCCCUAAAGCGGCGGCGGCAUCACGCAGCGGUCUGCCUCGGCCCUCGUCCUUCAUCAGCACCGGCUCCGGCCCUCGAGCCAAACUCACCGCUCCGCUGCGCAGUUUGCUGCCGCCGCCGAAGAGCCUGGCGACGCUGAGCGCUCUGAGGGAUGGGAGCUGGCGCGACGGCUGUUACUGACGCUCAGAGACGGGUCCGGAGCGUCCCGCUGGCCCGGGCCGCUCGCUUUCUCACCAAGUGCUCUUGAGGAGGCUUCCAGAGCAAACGCAGCUCUGUAUGCAAACGCACCGAGGAUCUGAGUGAUCGCACAUGCUGCUAAAUCAGGGGCCCCUCGUCCCUGCGCUGAAGCAAUCGCGCUUAAACUAAACCACUUGAAACGGUUUGUACGAUUGUUUGAAGUUGGAAUACACUCUUAUUAAAAAUAAAGGUGCUUUAAAGGUUCUUCACAGCGAUGCC